CAGAGUUAAGGCUUUUACAAUGGAUUACGAUCGAAUUCGACCAGUGCGAUACUUGACGGGAAUUUUGGAAUUUUGGCGUCUGUGGCCCAAGAAAGGAUCGGUAUCCCGACCAAAUUGGAAUAACUGGCAGGGAUAUCUUCUGCACGUCCCCUUCACCUUACUCUUUGCGAUCCUUUUGUGGAUGGAGGCCAUGAGAAGCAAGGAUAUACAGCAUACCGCCGAUGUAUUAUUGAUCGGCUUGACCACAACAGCUUUGUGGGCUAAGAUAAUUAAUAACUGGAAAUAUGCUCAUGUGGCACAAGGAAUCUUAAAUGAAUGGAGCACCUUGGAUCUUUUUGAUUUGAGAAACAAACAGGAAUUGGAUAUGUGGCAGUACGAGCAUCGACGUUACAGUCGUGUCUUUGUCUUCUAUGUGAUGUGCAGUGCCGGUGUUAUACCAUGGAUUGUGAUUCAACCUUUGUUUGAUAUACCAAAUCAGUUGCCAUUUUGGAUGUGGACACCAUUCGAUUGGAAUCAUCCGGUUCUAUUUUGGUAUCCAUUUAUUUAUCAGGCCAUAACUAUACCGAUUGUCUGUGUCUGCAACAUUACCAUGGAUGGAGUUAAUUGGUAUAUGAUGUUGCAUCUAUCACUUUGUCUGCGAAUGUUGGGUCAGCGUUUGAGUAGCCUUAAGCAUGACGAAGAACAGCUAAGGGAGAAGUUCCUGGAACUGGUGCAUAUGCAUCAGAGACUCAAGAGACAGGCUCAGGGCAUUGAGGCCUUCAUUUCGAAGAGUACUUUUACACAAAUUCUAGUCAGUUCCUUAAUCAUAUGCUUCACUAUAUACAGUAUGCAGAUGAGUCCCGUGUUGCAGGAUCUGCCAGGUUUUGCUGCCAUGAUGCAAUAUUUAUUGGCUAUGAUUAUGCAAAUCAUGUUGCCCAGCAUUUAUGGUAAUGACGUUAUAAAUUCUGCAAAUAUGUUGACCGAUUCCUUGUAUAAUUCUGAUUGGCCGGAUAUGAAUCCACGGAUGCGUCGCUUAAUCCUUAUGUUUAUGGUUUACCUAAAUCGUCCCAUGUCCUUAAAAGCUGGAGGUUUCUUUCAUAUCGGUUUACCUCUGUUUACAAAGACCAUCAAUCAAGCCUAUAGCCUGCUGGCCUUGCUGCUCAACAUGAACCAAUAGGAAGGAACGAAGUUCUACUCUGCUUUCUAUUUUGGAUUAGCCUAAAGAUUUCGCAGCUCGUUUGGAGAUUUAUUGCCGCGUCUUGUUAUGCAAAGAUCUAAAAAUAUAUUGUAGCAUUGCACGAAAUACAGUCUCCUAUAUAUAUUAUAUGUUGUGUGCACAUGAAAUGUAGAACUGCAAGUGACGAAAAUAAAAAUCAAAUUUUCACUUACACAAAGAUUUGCGGGAAAAUCUCUUGACUCUG